AUGGUUCGUAUCUUGCACAUGAGCCACCACGACCCCUUAACCCGGGAGAUGUUUCAAACAAAUGACGGGCUUCGGUUUGAUCUCGAAUACCCAGAGCAGGCUGUUAUUAUCCCAACUCGAUACAACAGCCGCAUCGCCUUGGAGAGGGAUGUCCAAAAAGUGAUUGAAAAAAUCAAAGAAGCCCGUGAGCGCUUUAGUGAGAUGGGAAGGAACAAAACUCUGUCCAACAGACAAGUACGAACCACUCUCGAGAUCGCCAAGCAGAUCGUGGAAGCGAUGAAUACUAUCAUUAAGCGAUACUACAAGGAGAGACAAGAAGGCCUUAACGUCAAGAAGCAGCGCGAGUACGCCGCGAUUAAGGAGACUGGCAUGGCUAAAGCUCUCAAGCAGGCUGAGAUCGCCUUUAAGUACCACUUGGACCUCCAAGAGAAGUGUUUCAAUUACCAGAUGGCCAAAUUGGCGCGUCAGAUGCUAGAUGCUCUCGACAAAUUGAGGCGAUACAGCUUUGAAGCGUUGUCCAUCUCGAAUGGAAACGAGCCUCUUUGGGGAACAACACUUUUCUAA